AUGCCGUCUCCUUCAUGGUUGCUGUUGGGCGCCGCCUUGGCUCUUUUUGUUGGCCAACGGCUCAUUGCCAGCAUCAUCUGGAACCGCAAAUACAAGCUGCCCCCUCGAGUGCCCGGGAUCCCUUUCUUUGGGAACACUUUCCAGAUUCCUCCGACACAGCAAGGACCCUGGGCCAAAGACUUGGCUGAAAAGUAUGGCGAAAUGUUUACGUGCAAAUUCGGCUCUCAGACAUGGGUAUUUCUAAACUCUUCACGGGUUGUCAACGACUUGAUGGAACGUCGAUCAGCUAUAUACAGUUCUCGACCCGAAUGGCCCAUGACCCAAGACAUCAUCUCAGGAGGCUCGCGGAUUGUGAUGAUGGGCUAUAACGACCACUGGCGAAAACUGCGCAAAAUCAUGCAUUCUAUCCUCAAUUCACGCCAGACCGAGGUAUAUAAGCCAUUUCAAGACACCGAAUCUCGACAUUUACUCUGGGACUACCUUCACAAUCCUGAUAAGUGGUAUACCGCCAAUGGACGGUUUGCGAAUUCCGUCAUCAUGAGCGUGGUGUUUGGUCGGCGGUCCCAAUUGGGCGAACCUGCCACAGAGAAACUCUUUGAGACUAUCGAGGACUUCCUGUCGAACGUACAGCCCGGGGCGAAUUUGGUCGAUGGAUAUCCUGUCUUAGCCAAACUGCCAACCUUUUUACAAUGGUGGAGGCCUCGUGGACUCCGACUGUUCCACAAGACUCGAAAAGUCUACGCAGACGAGGUCAGAAACAUCAAUCAGAAAUUGGCAGACGGAAAACAAAGAGACUGCUUCGCUGUUCAGUUCCUGGAGCAAUGUGAAAAAGAGCCCGAUAUUAACGAAACCCAGCGUCUUUUCGUCCUUGGCAGCUUGAUGGAGGCUGGCAGUGACACUUCAAAGGUCUCUGUCAGCCAAAUCAUCGCAGCCGCAUGCACAUAUCCAGAUUGGGUACCAAAGGCUCGCGCAGAACUGGAUGCGGUGUGCGGCGCCGAUCCACAAAGACUUCCAGGCUUUGGAGACCGUGCAAGAUUACCAUAUAUCACUGCCGUCGUCAAAGAGGGCUUUCGGUGGCGGCCCAACAUUGCAGAGAUUGGAACCCCAACAACCCUUAUUAAAGAUGACGAGUACGAAGGCUACAAGUUUCCCGCCGGCACCGUUUUUACUUGGAAUGCGUGGGCCAUCGCAUUGAGCCCGAACGAGUAUAUUGAACCUGAAAGGUUCUAUCCAGAGCGCUUCUUGAACGAAGAUCUGAACAAUCCACUGAAAGGGCACUGGUCCUUUGGGCCCGGCCGAAGAGUGUGCACCGGUUGGCACGUAGGCGAGGCCAACGUGUUUAUAGCUAUCUCGAGGCUGCUGUAUUGCUUUGACUUUGAAGAAGUCCCGGGACACCCAAUCGACACCUUGAGAAUUCCUCAGCUAGCUGGAGGGAAAGCGCCUUUCGCCGUAAACAUCAAAGUUCGUAGCGAGAAACAUGCGCAGUUGAUUGAGAGAGAAUGCUCUUCCGUCGUGGAUCUCCAAUACUGA